AUGACAGAUAUGGAACUAUUUUCACUUGUUGAGCAGCUGUUUGGAUGUAAGAAGAGCAUCGAGUCUGAUCACGUGCAGACUCCCGCGGUGCAGUUGCAUGGUGUGUCGAUCUCUUAUAACAAAAAGAAGGUGUUGCUGAAAGAUGUGAAUUUUGAGCGGCAAGUUCACGAACAUUGGGCGUUGCUUGGUCCAAAUGGCUCGGGGAAAAGCUCGCUGAUGCGUGUGUUGAUGCAGACGCCUGGACACGGAUUGAUGACAGGCAGUGUGAUGGUUGCCGGUGAGGAUGUUCGUGUUUCUGGCUCGCCCUGUUGUAGCGAAGAAAAGUCAGUAGACUUGAAGCCAAGACUUGAAGCAGUAUCGACCGAUCAGCACAUUCAGCUCCUGCACAAAAGUCUACAGUCAGACCACGAAGAGACUCAGUCUGCAUGCAAUCUCAUUGAAAGAAACGCCGCCAGUCCUGAAGCUGCUGGAAUCGCUAUGCGCAUGCUACUUUUGCCCGAUGUUGUGAAGACUCGCCCUCUUUCUCGGCUUUCACAGGGAGAGCAGAAACUCGUGUUGAUUGCUCGUGCGCUGGCGGCACGUCCGAAGUUGCUCAUACUGGAUGAGGUCACGCAUGGACUUGACCCAUUCAACCGCGCCCACGUGCUGCGUGUGAAUUGA